AUGGCCCUGCGAGGGCUGGCUCUGGCCUUUCUCCUGGUCCUUGCACCUCUGCUGCCUGCACAGGGACAGAAGGAUCCUGGUCGAAAAACUCAGGGAGCAGCUAAGGAAGUAGAAACAUGCCAAAGACCCUGGUGGGAUCGAAGACUCCAGCUGGCACCAAACCAGGCAACCUACAAAAAGAAUGAAGAAGUCAUGCUGAGCUGCCCUGAGGGUCUCCAUCCAUCCUUCUCCCAAGUCAAAUGUUCAGAGACUGUCCAGUCCAUGAGUUAUCCUGAAUCCAUUAACCGAGAUGUGUGGUGGGGGAGAACUGGCACUGGUGGCUGGAUCCGCAUUCACGGGCCCGUGGUGUGCAUCGAACUUCUCCAGGUUGUCCCUGGGACUCUGGAGGUUUCUGCCACCAGCAUCAAACUGAACUGGACCUGCAGGUUCCCUGACGCCUGCCAGCACAUGCGGGCCAUGUGCCGUUUGGCCUGGCCUUCCUCCCCUCCCUGUGAGGCCAAGGAGGUCACGGGAGAGGAGAUGCUACAGGGCCAGAAGGGAACAUUUACCUGCCCCCCUCUGCAGCCCUUCACUGUCUACAGUGUCACCAUCUCCUUGCCCCCCAGCACGGUCCUGUACACACGGCUGGUCAAGACAGAGGAAACAGUGCCGGACAAACUGGGGAAAUUGUCUCUGGAUCCCAGCACGGGGUUCCUCAUGUGGAACGCUCUGCCCUCCUGCAAAGGGGAGGUCCUUGGAUACCAGCUGAACAUCACCGCCAGGAGAGCACAUGAUGGCAGUUUCCUUGAAUUCAAGCAGCUGAUAGUGAAUGCAUCUGUCACUCAAUACAUGCCACCUCGUCAGAGACCUGGCAGCAAAUACGUGGUGACAAUCCAGGGCCUGACAGCAGCUGGUGCUGGAGAUGCAUCAACCCUGGAAUUCCUAACGUACAUCUCAGGUAACCGUCUCUCUGCACUGGGUCUCCCUCAAGUGGCCACAGUGCGAAUGCUGAGGCUGGAGCAUCUUCCAUAG